AUGAAUAACAUAAUAUGGAAAAGGACGUUCAAUACCCGUCCCAUGGGGUUCCUUAAACAUUACAACGAGGACAUCCUAUCAAAAUAUUAUUCGAAACCUCUGUUAGAAUCUAUUCAGUUGGCACAGCAAGUUAUUCCAGAAGGUACCACUUUUAAAAGACAAGAUAAUGUGCAAAUUGCACCAGUGACAAAUCCAGAUUAUUCUAAGAUUGAUCCAUUUUGGGAUUAUAAACCGGGCACUCCUCACGCUCAUUCAUUCUAUAAUAAUACCUAUAAAUGGGACGCUGUUCAACAACGAUUACCACCGGGUGGAGUACCCGUUCCUAAGGGUGAAUCCAUUCUUUUGAAAGAUUCCUCAAAGUUAAUGAUCUUGGCACGUGGAUUGAAGUUUCAAAAUGGAAUAGAUGCGGAUUAUAUAAGUAAGAAACUGGUGAUGAAACCCUUAGUUAUGAAACGUGUUUCUAAUCAGACUAGAAAGGGAAAGAUUCCUUCUUAUUAUAGUCUUGUUGUAGUCGGAGAUAAAAAUGGUAUGGUAGGAUUAGGUGAAGGGAAAUCAAGAGAAUCCAUGUCUAAAUCAAUCUUUAAAGCUCAUUGGGAUGCUGUAAGGAAUUUGAAAUAUGUUGUAAGAUAUGAAAAUAGAACCAUUUUGGCAGAUAUUGAUCACAGGUAUCAUGGUGUCAAAUUGUUUUUGAGGAACGCUAGACCUGGGUUUGGAUUAAGAGUGAAUCACGUCAUUUUUGAAAUUUGUGAAUGUGCAGGAAUUAAAGAUUUAAGUGGUAAGAUAUAUAAAUCAAGAAAUCCGAUGAAUAUAGCCAAAGGGUUUCUAGAGGCUUUAACUGAGAAUCAAAAAACAGUGGAUGAAAUUGCUCUGGGUAGAGGUAAAAAGAUUGUCGAUGUUAGAAAAGUUUACUACUCCGCUUAA